AUGAGUGGCUUCCUCUCUCGGCUGGACCCGCGGCGGGUGCCCUGGGGGGCGGCGGGCCAUGCCCUGCGCGCCCGCGUCCUGCGCACCAAGCCCGUGGAGUCCAUGCUGGAGGGCAGCGGGGCCGCGGCCAGCCAGGGCGCCCGGCUGGCCAAGGUGCUCACCACCCUCGACCUCAUCUCCCUGGGCGUCGGGAGCUGCGUGGGCACCGGCAUGUACGUGGUGUCCGGCCUGGUGGCCAAGGAGAUGGCGGGGCCCGGGGUCAUCGUGUCCUUCAUCAUCGCUGCCGUCGCGUCCAUCUUGUCAGGCGUUUGCUACGCCGAGUUCGGCGUGCGGGUCCCCAAGACCACGGGCUCUGCCUACACCUACAGCUACGUGACCGUGGGGGAGUUCGUGGCGUUCUUCAUCGGCUGGAACCUCAUCCUGGAGUACCUGAUCGGGACGGCCGCGGGUGCCAGCGCCCUCAGCAGCAUGUUUGACUCGCUGGCCAACCACACCAUCAGCCGCUGGAUGAUCAACAGCGUGGGCACGCUCAACGGCCUGGGGAAAGGAGAGGAGUCGUACCCCGACCUUCUUGCUCUGGUCAUUGCUGUCAUUGUCACCAUCAUUGUGGCCAUGGGGGUGAAGAACUCAGUGGGACUGAACAACGUGCUCAAUGUCAUUAACUUGGCAGUUUGGGUCUUCAUCAUGAUUGCUGGUCUGUUCUACAUCAAAAGUGACAACUGGGCUGAAGGGCAAUUCCUGCCGUUCGGAUGGCCGGGGGUGCUCAAGGGGGCUGCAACCUGUUUCUACGCCUUCAUUGGCUUCGACAUCAUCGCUACCACGGGAGAGGAGGCGAAGAACCCCAACACCUCCAUCCCCUACGCCAUCACAGCCUCGCUCGUCACGUGCCUGACAGCUUAUGUGUCUGUGAGCAUGAUCCUCACGCUGAUGGUGCCCUAUGAUGCCAUCGACACUGAGUCCCCACUGAUGGAAAUGUUCGUGGUCCAUGGCUUCUAUGCAGCCAAAUUCAUCGUUGCCAUCGGGUCCGUGGCCGGCCUCACCGUCAGCUUGCUGGGCUCCCUCUUCCCAAUGCCCAGAGUCAUUUACGCCAUGGCUGGUGAUGGGCUGCUCUUCAGGUUUUUGUCCCACGUCAGCUCUUACACAGAAACCCCUGUCGUGGCUUGUAUCGUGUCCGGGUUCCUGGCAGCUCUGCUCUCCUUGCUGGUCAGCCUGAGGGACCUGAUUGAGAUGAUGUCCAUUGGCACCCUGCUCGCCUACACGCUGGUGUCCGUCUGCGUCCUGCUCCUGCGGUACCAGCCCGAGAGCGACAUCGACGGCUUCGUCAAAUUCCUCUCCGAGGAGCACACCAAGAAGAAGGAGGGCAUCCUGGCUGACUGUGAGAAGGAAGCUUGCUCUCCUGGGAGCGAAGGAGAGGAGUUCUCUGGCCCACCGACCAACACGUGUGGGGCAAAAAAUCUGCCGUCGCUAGGAGAUAACGAGAUGCUAAUUGGGAAAUCCGAUAAAUCCGCCUACAACGUGAAUCACCCCAAUUACGGCACCGUCGACAUGACCUCGGGGAUAGAGGCAGAUGAGUCUGAGAACAUCUAUCUCAUCAAGCUGAAGAAGCUGAUUGGCCCUCGGUACUACACGAUGCGGAUCCACCUCGGGCUGCCGGGUAAAAUGGAUCGCCCGACGGCGGCCACGGGCCACACGGUCACCACCUGUGUGCUCCUGCUCUUUGUCCUCAUGUUCAUCUUCUGCUCCUUCAUCAUUUUUGGGUCAGACUACAUUUCUGAGCAGAGCUGGUGGGCUGUCCUCCUGGUGGUGCUGAUGGUCCUGCUCAUCGCUGUGCUGGUGUUUGUGAUCUUGCAGCAGCCAGAAAACCCCAAGAAGCUGCCCUACAUGGCCCCGUGUCUGCCCUUCGUCCCUGCCUUCGCCAUGCUGGUGAAUAUCUAUCUCAUGCUGAAGCUCUCCACAGUCACGUGGAUCCGAUUUGCUGUCUGGUGUUUUGUGGGUCUGCUCAUCUACUUUGGCUAUGGGAUGUGGAACAGCACGCUGGAGAUCAGCGCCCGGGAGGAGGCCCUGCACCAGAGCACCUACCAGCGCUACGACGUGGACGUCGACCCCUUCUCCGUGGACGACGGCUUCUCCUUCGCCCCCGAGGGCGAGAGCUACCCAGCCUGGGGUCCUUCUGAGGACAAGAGCUUCUCAUACCAGCAAAUGGCAGGCACCAAGGAAAGCCAUCGGACAAGUGGCAGGUCGAAAAGCAAAGGCCGGCACAAACCGCCGUCGGAUGCUCUGAUCGCCAACGACGAGUUGGACUACUCGCCCGAGUAGUGGGACGGGCAGCGGGGCGCCGCGCCGCCCAGGCAAUGAGGAAGUGUCCCCGUGGCUCCCCCAUCCUGCCCCAUCCUCCCCGGGUCCUCCACCACCGCCCUGCUCACCUCUGGUACUCGGGACGCGCUCUGCGAUUGCCGUUGACCCCGAACCAAAACUGCCCUUGGC